AUGGCUCCUCCCCGCCAGCGUCCCGUGUCCACGACUGCUACCUCGGCUGGUGCUGGUGCUGCCUCUGCUGGUGCAGCUGCUGCUUCUACCUCCGCCGCCGCCGCUGGUGCUGUCCCAGACGACUCGCGGUCAGAAGCGUCCAGCACGCGCGAGCGCCAGGGCACCACCAAGGGCCGCAAACCCGCAGCAGCCACCACCUCGUCUGCCGCAGCGAACACCUCUGCUCCCAGCACGGGCUCGAAUGCAACGUUGAAAGAAGGCAAGGCCCCUGCUGCAGAUCAACGCAUGGACGAGAGCGGCACCGUCGAGUCCCAGGCCUCUAUAAACUGGAGCACCAUGCCCUUGUCCGUCCUCCACGAAUACCGCUACGCAUACAACCUCCCCUGUCCCAGCGCGUUCUCCUCACAGAUAAACUCCAUCCUCCUCUCACAGGGGCCCGGCCUUGGUUCUGCAACAGCCAUUUCCAUCAGGCGCAAACAGUUGCUGCAGCAGUUACAGUCUGACCGACAACAACACGAUGACAGCAUGCAGAUCGAUACAGAUAUGGACGUCAAAUUAAGACAGGAAGCUUCUAACAAUACGGGACGGCAGGACAAGGUGCUUCAUCGUCUCUCGGCUCCGGCACAGGGACGAGUGUCGAAGGCCCAGCUUGCGUCUGCGGUGCGGAAACACUUCAACAACACAGCUAUUUCGGAGCAGGAUGCCAUUGCUCGGUUUCUGUAUAAGGUCAACGAGGAGAGGAGGGGGAAGGAGUUCCGGCUUCGGUUCCAGCCCUAG